GUGCUAAUGUUUCUGUUCCUUGCUGGGUGAUGUUCUUCCGGUCCAGGGCUCCCGUCCUGAUUCCUGUCAGAAUGUCUUGUCUUUUAUCUUUUAAGCUUUCAGUUUUUUCCACCGUUUUGCUUCUCUUAUGUACCCGAUUUGUAUGUUGUAACAACGGCAGGAGGGUUGGCGAUGCUCUCGACGCGGAGUUCAGUGGCUUCUCGGUGCCUCUGGAGCAUUCAUUUGAAGUCGAUGAUGUGGCGAAGUUUCGGGUUCGGGGAGCUCUGGUGUUGAAAGCUGGCAGGGAGCCCAGCGUCUCUCUGUCUCAGAACCAGCUGUCAGAGGAGGACAGGACCAAACUGAAGGAAGUGGCUGCAGUGGACGGCCUGUACAGAAUCAGAGUGCCUCGCGUUUUCCUGCAGGCCGACAGGCAGACGGAGCGGCAGAUGGAAGGCUACCUCACAGCGUUUGUCAGAGCCUGUGCCAUGGUGGAGUCCCAUCUGAGUGACGUGAUCGCCCUCCACACCGACGUCUCUGGCUACCUCAUCGGCGUCUCCAUCGUGACGUUUCCCGGCGCCUGCAGGGGCACUGAGGUUGAGGAUGAGGUGGACCUCGAGGUUUUCAACACCACGCUGAGCAUCAUGGCUCCUGUGAACGCACCCGGACCUGAGACGGCUCUGUUUCUUGAACGAAUGGAGCAGGAAUUGGAGAGGAAAGGGAAGAAUCCACAAGAGCAGAAAUCCUUCUUUGCCAAAUAUUGGUAUUUGAUUCUGGGAGGUGCAAUCUUCCUCAUGGCCACCAGUUCGGCACAGCCCCCAGCAGGGGGAGACAGAGAGCAGAGCUGAUUCCCACUCAAUGGAUGUACAUUGUGCCUCUGGUUCUCUUCCUGAUGAUGUCCGGCGCUCAGGACCAAUCAGGAGGCGGGGCCGGCGGCGGAGCAGCAAACGGAGGCGGCAGAUGAUCACCAUGCCAAUUUGAUUUCUCUCGUUUUAGUGUGUGUACAGUCGUUUGUCGAACCUUAAAUCUCUUGAACAGUUUCUAAUUGCUGUACAUAAUGCUAUUCAAAGAAGAUAAAUCUGACACAUCAGUUUAAAGGUGCAGUCUGCAAAAUUUCUGAUGGUCAGUUGAAGUGAGAACCUUUUUAGACUUAACUGACAAAAAAAUUAGGAAUAAACGCCUAAUUUGAUGGUUGAGUCUAGAAGGUUCUGACAGAUAGAUCAUGUGCUCGUUCAAGUUUUUUCUUUCCUACUGACACCGUUAAGCAAUUUUGCAGACUGCACCUUUAAGUUAAAUGACAGAUGAUCUACCUUCUAGAGGUUAUGUGAAAGGACUGCAUUUUUAAUACUGAAAAAUAAAGUAUUUAUUAACUACCUGA